AUCACAGAGCGAGGCUUUGGCGUGGCGCUGCAGUACACCAAAGAACACGACUCGCAGUUGCCGUUGAAGCUGGAGGAGACAGUGGGAUGGAUAGCCGUGGCCCACGGUGAUACGUUAUUCACUAAGCCCAAUAAUACUACCGUGUGGAUUGUGGCCGAAAAGGAGGUUGCCACUCUGAAUGAAGGUGUGCCUGGG